AUGGCGUUGAAGAGCUAUCACCGUGAAACUUUGAAUGAUAACUGGUACGAAGAGCGCGCGGAAUCUCUGAACGGUGUGCUUCCUCGUGACGGUGUGAAAGAGUUCAAGACGACCCAUGCAACAGACUUCAACGGCGCCCAGCCGAUCAUCCCGCGCCAAAAGCUACGCAUGAUCAGCGAUAACAACAUCGACGAGGCAAUUCGCCAGACUGCGUCACUUGAUUGGAGUAGAGGCUUUCGUUCCGUCCUUCCCGUGCCAGACCCAGAGCCUGAUCGUGGUAUGAUCUCGACGCAGCAUCGAGUGCAUGUAAACCACUUCGCGUCGUCAAAACCCUCAUUCACAUCGACUGCUGGGGUAAUGAUCGCAGCAGGAGGACCUGGUGGAAGAGCCGUCGAGCGUGGCAAGGCUGUGUCAGGGGCAAUGGGCGAGGUCUACAAGAAGAGCUCCGAGCCGCAGAGAGACACGCUAGCGCAGCGAUCCUGGAUGUACUCGACCGACCCAAUGAUUGUUGUCAGGCAGAAGCGUGAAGCCCUUGAAGCGACGAAGUUCACGACGCCUCCAGAGCCCCAGCAAGGCAACAAAACAGUCAACUACGGACGACAAAUCACUGCCAUCACGAGUAUCAGACACCACCACAAAGGAGUCUUCGUUGACGACGAACCGGGAUACCCACAGUAACCACAGC